AUGCUCCACUUACAGGGUCCACAGAUGCUGCAGAUGCUAGAAAAAUACUUAAGGAAGAGCCUCCCUGAGUCCUUAAAGGUUUAUGGGACCACCUUCCACAUGAACCAGGGAAACCCUUUCAAGCUACAGGCCCUGGUGGACAGGUGGCCUGAUUUUAAUACAGUGGUUAUCCGCCCUCAGGAGCAGGAGAUGACAGAUGACCUUGAUCACUACACCAAUACUUACCAAGUCUACUCCAAGGACCCUAAGAAAUGUCAGGAAUUCCUUGGUUUGCCAGAAGUCAUCAACUGGAAGCAACAUUUGCAGAUUCAAAGUUCACAGUCCAGCCUGGAUGAUGUGAUAAACAAUCUUGCGGCUAUUAAAUUGGGCAAGGUGAAGCGAACACAGUGCUUUCUCUAUAUGGUCUCUGAGACAACAAAGAAAUUGGCUACUUCCUUGCUGGAUGCAAAAAACGUAUCACCCAAUGGUGAUAAAUACAAGUCCAUCCAUCAAAAUGUGUUGAAACUCUCAUCCCUGGAUCCUACCCAUGCUGCCUUGGUGAAUAAAUUCUGGCAUUUUGGUGGCAAUGAGAGGAGCCAGCGGUUCAUCGAGCGCUGUAUCCGGACCUUCCCCACCUUCUGCCUGCUGGGGCCUGAGGGGACCCCUGUAUCCUGGGCCCUAAUGGACCAGACAGGAGAGCUGCGGAUGGCAGGCACCAUACCUGAGUACCGGGCCCAGGGCCUCAUCACCUACCUCAUCUAUGUCCAGGUUCAGGCUCUAGACAAACUUGGCUUCCCCAUGUAUUCCCAUGUAGAUAGGGCCAAUCACAUCAUGCAAAAACUGAACUUCAAGCUGCAGAAUAUCUCUGUGUCCAGUGACUGGAACCAGUGGAACUUUGUGCCUCUGUGA